GCCAUUUUGUAAUUCUGAGCAUGUUGAUGUGCUCACGAAAAUGAUUUUAAUUCAGAUUGAUAUUAGAUUUAAUAGUUAAUUUAGUUCAUGUUUAAGUAAUAGUAAAUAAAUAAACAAAAUGGAUAAACCAGAAGUGAAAUCGUUCAACGCGGAGUUAUCCGGGUUGUACGAAAAUAAGCCGCCAAUUUCGAAGGCGAAAAUGAGUGCUAUAACUAGAGGUGCUAUCAAGGCAAUUAAGUUCUACAAGCACGUUGUACAUAGUGUUGAAAAGUUUAUCCAAAAGUGCAAACCUGAAUAUAAAGUUCCGGGACUUUACGUGAUAGAUUCAAUUGUAAGGCAGUCAAGACAUCAAUUUGGACAAGAUAAAGAUGUGUUUGCCCCUAGGUUUGCUAAAAAUAUGCAACAAACAUUUGCUAAUCUGUUUAGAUGCCCUCCAGAAGAUAAGCGCAACAUAAUCAGAGUGUUGAAUCUUUGGCAAAAGAACAAUGUUUUUGGUCCUGAUGUCAUUCAACCCCUCUUGGAUAUGGCAGAUCCAAAUCAUCCCUUACAUUUGGAAAUACAACAACAACAAAAUAACACAGCCAAUGGAAGUACAUUAAAUAUCACUCAUAAUGCAUCUGAUAACAAAAUAUCACCUGGCCCAGCAUCACAGCAUACGCCACAUUCUUCUACACCAAUGGGUGAUCAGUUUCAGGAUCAACCGUCUGGGCCACCUCCAGCUAAGUUCAAUCGCAAGUUACUCAAUGAUUUUGAAUAUGAAAGUGGAGAUGAUACUCCUGCGGCAGACUCAAGUCCUCCUCCACAACACAACUCUAUUCAUAUGCAGAAUAUGCAUAAUACACAUCAAAACAAUAAUCAACACAAUCAACACACACAAAAUACUCAAGCUUCUCAUCAAACACACAAUCCCGCUGAUGCAUUAGGAAGUAUAUUGACAAAUCCAGAGAUAAUGAGACAGCUACAAAGCUUACAAGCUCAAAUGCAAUUAGUGGCUGGAAUGCAAAUACCUAAUUUAAUGCCAAUGAUGACAGAUUUGCAGAUGCAGCAAAACCAAAACCAAGGGCUUCCAUUCUUAGGUUCCCAAAAUGAGCCUCCAAAGCAAAAUGAAUCAAAGGAUGACAUGGCCAAUGAAUCAGAUAUAGAAUUUGUAGAUGCUGGACCUCAAGUUAUUGAAAUUCCUGAUGCAAAUGAUUCUAGAAGCCCAUCACCAAAAUCUCGUCGGCGCGGAUCAAGAUCACCGCGCAGAAGGCGUCGCUCUCGGUCGCCGCGUAGACGUCGAGACCGCGACCGGGAUAGAGAUAGGGAUAAAGAUAAGGAGAAAAGUUACAAAGAGAGGGAGGCGGAAAAAGAAAAACAACGAGAACGAGAAAAAAAGGGAUUGCCACCUAUCAAAAAAGAGAACUUAAGUGUGUGUAGUACAACUCUAUGGGUGGGCCACUUAUCUAAACUGGCAACACAGGAAGAGUUGUCUGACCUUUUUGGUGCUUUUGGAGGUCUUGUUUCUGUGGAUUUAGUGCCCCCGAGAGGAUGUGCUUUUGUUGUUAUGGAAAGGAGACGAGAUGCUGCAAGAGCAAAGCAAAAAUUGGACAGGCAUAAAUUGCAUUCAAAGGAAAUAACGGUGGCGUGGGCGGCCGGCAAGGGCGUGAAGGGGCGCGAGUGGAAGGACUACUGGGAAGCGGAGCUCGGCGUCGCGUACCUGCCGUGGGCGGCGCUGCACGCGCGCUGGGUGCUCGGCGCGCUCUCGCUCGACGCGCUCGAGGAGGGCGGCGCCGUGGACGAGGAGACGCUGCCGCCGUGGUUGCCGCCCAGGAUAAUACCAAAAUCGAUGUCCGAGAUACCGAUGCUCGGCGGCAUGCCGCCCGUGUCGGGCGCGGGCAUGCUGCUGCCGGGCGCGGGCCCGCUGGGCGCGCUGCCCGCAAGCAUGCCGAGCCUGCCCAGCCUGCCGCCCAGCAGCAUGGCCAUGAGCGGCCCGCCGCCCGCCAGCAUACCGCUGCCCGUGCCGAGGAUGCCUCCGCCGGGUAUGGGUCCUGGUUUGCCCACGGGCAUGCCGCCCGGAAUGCGGCCGCCGCUUCCUGCACCAUUACCAGGUGUACAAGGGGACGGUGGUUUGGGCGCGGGUGGUGCGUUAUUAGGGUUCCCGCCUACAAUGCCACCUCAUUCUUUACCACAGCCCGGAAUGGUGGGCGGUUUCCUAGGUGGGCUGAUGGGCAUGGGUAUGGGCGGGCUUGUACUGCCGCUACAUCACGCGCCGCUGCCUUCGCAACCGCAGCCGCAGCCACAGCAACAGCAACCGCAACAGCAACAUCAGCUGCAGCCUAGCUCUGACGUGAGCGGUGCCGACGAUGCCAUGGAGUUGGAUCCAGAAGAUACUCCCACGGACUCUCAGAACGAAAUGCAUUUACGUGACAAUGUGCCUUCUAAUAUGCUUCCUGAUCAGUUACAAGCGUUGGUGUCGAAGCCGCCGCCAGCGUUCAACAGCGCAGAGCCGCCGCCGGGCUUCAACCCGGACAGCUUCGAUGCGAGCCAGCCGCCGCCGGACGACAAGCGGGACGAGGAGCGGCGCGAGCGCGACCGGGACCGCCGGGACCGCGGGGACCGCGGGGACCGCGACCGGGACAGGGAGCGCCGCGACCGGGACAGGCGGGACCGGGACCGGCGCGACACCCGGGAGCGCGAGCGGCGGGACGGCCGCGACAGGGAUAGGGAGCGUGACGACCGUCGCGACCGGGACAGGGAGCGUGACCGGGACCGCGGGCGGGAGCGGCGCGACCGUGACCGCGACCGUGCCCGUGACCGCGACCGCGAACGCGACCGUGACGGCGACCGCGACCGGUUCAACAGGGACGGCAAUAAUGCUGAAAGGGGCCGUGACAAAUCGCCUCGUGGCAACGAGCCAACAAACGAGAAGAGUUUACAAGAGCGGCUGUGGGAGAUGGCGAACGGGAAGGAGAUGGAGGAGGAGCCGGUGGGAGGGGAGCAGGACAACGAAGGGAGUGAGCAGCAGAUCGAUCUGCCUCCCGCGCCGCUUGACAAUGGUGAGUUGAUGACAUUUGAGAAAUUGAUUAUACUAAAUAAAUAUUUGAAAAAAAAUGGUCUGGGCAUAAAUAAAUUUCAGUCUACUGAAAAUACAUUUGUGAUGCAUUUUGUAUGAUGUAUAUGGCAACGA